GUUGUGGUAUGGAACAAAAAAUGAACAUGGUUAAUUUGUGUCCUCAAAUUAAUCACCAAUCACACAAAAAAUGAACAUUGUUCAUAUUCAUAUUUUUCCCAUUUUCUGUUGUGGUGUAUAGUGCAUGGUUAAUUAAUUAAUGGCAAGUGGUAAUGGUAGUAAUAGGAACCCACAAGCAAUAAAUCAAUCACGUAAGGUAAUGGUGGUGGCUGAUCCAACACGUGAAUCAGCUGGAGCACUUCAAUAUGCACUUUGUCACGCUGUAAUGGAACAAGAUGAAUUGAUUUUAUUACAUGUUAUUGAGAACACAAGUUCAUGGCGCAAUACUCUUUCAACGUUUCUUAAAAUGCCUUCAUUGGGAACCUCAACAACCGCGUCGUUAAAUGACAUUGGUGGUGGAGGGGGGGGAGGAGGAGGAGGAGGAGGAGCAGCAGCAGGAGGAGGAGCAGGAGGAGGUUCAGCCGCAGAGGGAGAGACGGUGGUUGAUUUUCUUGAAGAAAUGAAGAAUGCCUGUAAAGCUGCUCAACCUAAAUUGAAAGUUCGUACAAUGAAGGUUGAAAUAGAUAAUGGAAAAGAUAGGGCUAACACUAUUCUCUUACAUACCUUAGAUCAACGGGUUGAUGUUGUAGUUAUAGGCCAAAAACGCACUCUUUCUUCCACAUUAUUAGGAUAUAAACGACCUACAGGAGGAUCAUUGAAAGGGGUAAAAAUGUUUGACACGGCGGAGUUUUUGAUCCAAAACACUCCGGGCACAUGCACCUGUGUUGCAGUUCAAAGAAAAGCACAAAAUGGAGGAUAUGUUCUCAAUACUAAAACUCAUAGAAACUUUUGGCUUUUAGCCUAAUUAUUCAGGUUUUAUUUCAUGCAUUCACAAGUAUACAUAUGGAAUUGUAUAUGGUUGUUUUGUUUGCCAUUUUCUUUAACAUAACAGAAACAGAUGAUGAGUUUCAUUUCUUAUAGAGAUUUAAGAAUUUUGUUGUAAAUAGGCAGAAUCCACAUUUUUCAGAUACUCAAAUUAUUGUUGAAAUAAUUUCAAAAAAGUAGAUGUAUGUAGUUUA